AAAAGACUGAGCUGAAGGAGACACCUGCCCGACUGCCGCCGUCGUCCAGCCGGCCGCCGCCCGUCCGCCCGACAAGCCGGCUCGGCGCUCGUCCGGCGGCCGCACCCUCCCACUCAUCCAGUAGCCGCGGCGCUGCCUUUAUUCCAGGAGGGGCGCCCCUGCCGAGCGGUGAAACCCCACCCUGCCCAAAUCCGUCGCCAAGCCACUGGCGUCCCCGAUGGAGACAUUUCCGCCGCCUCCGAUUCCUCCGCUGCCCGCGAAUGUCUCCUCCGCUCCGCCGCCGCCGCCGCCGCUUCUGCAUCAGCAGGCCGGGUCUGCUCCUGCGCCGGCAACGCUCCUGGUGCGGCACCUCCCAGAGGCGAUCACUCAGGACAUGCUCGCCGGGCUCUUCUCCCGCUACGGCGCCACAUCCUUUCGCCCAUGCGGUGGAAAGUUGAGGAACUGUGCGUUUGUGGAUUUUAGGGACGAGAUGGCGGCCAAUCAGGCGCAGUCUCAGUUGAACAGGUAUGCAUAUCCACCACCAGAUGGAAACAUAUUGAACAAUAUUGUCAACUCUCUCAUUGCCGUUCCCCGAUUUUACAAUCAGGUGUUGCAUUUGAUGAACAAGAUGAACCUUCCAGCUCCAUUUCGGAUGGCAUUGCCUACUCCACCUCUACCAUCACAAGGGCCUCUUCCUCCUCCCCCUCCACCACCGCAGCCUUCUAUGACAGAGAAACUUCACUUGGCUGAUUUGUCUAGUGAUGAGUCUGAGAUGGAGUCUUCUGAUGAAGAUGUUGAUACAAGGGAAGUCAAGCGCGCAAAGCAUGAAGCUAUUGUUGGUCCUGCAGUUGAUAGAAGUGUCGCUCAUGAAUCGGUCGGGGUGAAACCAGUUGCAUUAGUUCCCAAUGAGCUUCAAGUAAUAAAAAAGAAAAACCCAGUACUGCAGAUAAAAAUUGUCCCUAAGGCUGCUUAUAAGGAACUUGCUGAUCGGAGUAUUAUCGACAAGGAAUUGGCCUCUAGAGAUGAACAACUUGAAGAAAAACAUUUUGCCACACCUCAGGAAAUAGAGAAAGAGAAAUUACCGACGGAGGAGAUUUUGUCCCUUCCCAUGUUCAAGAAUUACACUCCAGGGAAUCCUGCCAGUGUAUUAUAUAUUAAGAACUUGGCAAAGGAUGUUGUUCAUGAUGACUUCUACUAUGUCUUUGGAUCUGUGUUUGAAAGCUUGGACGCUGCAAGAUCUGGCUUAAGUAUAAAGUUAAUGCAGGAAGGUCGAAUGCGGGGCCAAGCUUUUGUGACGUUUCCAUCUCUUGAACAUGCUCAACGCGCACUGAAUUUAGCGCAUGGUUAUGCAUUCAAAGGCAAGCCGAUGAUCAUUCAGUUUGGUAGGAACCCUGGUGCUAGCAAAGCGUCCUAGGAGGUUGCAUUCUUUCCGAUUCUGAUUUUCUGUAAAGCUGUUAGAGUUAGCAACCAAGAUUGUGGGUAUUUUGUGCUGGUGCCCAUGAAUUGUUAAAUUCCAUGUGGUAUAUAACGGCACUUAUCUUGUUGCUAGAAUUUUAGAUCAAUAACACUGUGGGACGAUUUGGAGGAGAGGGGGAAAUGAGGAUGAGAACAAUUUGGAGCGCCCUUUAUGGCCAUAGAGGGUCGGAUGACAACUCUGUUAGAGUGACCUUUUUGACAAAUAUCAAGGGUUGGAGUAGAGCCCAAAUAUUCAGGUCUGUACUUAUCCUCAUUUCCCCCUCUCCUCCAAAUCUUCCUUGGCAAGACUCCUCCAACUGUCCAACACACGCGCAAUCCUCAAACCCUAGCUCCUCCGAUCCAAACACCUCCUGGUCCCUCGGUCCAUCCACCAUGGCAUCGCCUGCCGGUGAUGACAGCCACCUCUUCGCCGGUGUCCACAUCCUCCUCAUCGGUUUCGACUGCGUCUCCGUGUCCCAGUACCGGUCGAAGUUGGUGCAGAGCGGCGGCACCGACGCCAUGCAAUUUGGCGGCGGGUGGACCCACAUCGUCGUGCGCGGCCUUGUCUACGAUGACCCGGUCUGCGCGGUGGCGCGGGCGCAAGGGAAUAAGGUUGUCAGCGAGAUGUGGGUGGAUGAUAGGUUGGAUCAGGGUGUUCUUGCCGAUGCUGAUAAGGUUAUUUAUUGGCCAGCCAGAGAUUUGAAGGGAAUACCUGGUAGUGGCUCACUGCAGAUUUGCUUGACGGGGUACCAAAUGAAGGACCGCAAAGAUAUAAUGAAAAUGGUAUCUUUGAUGGGUGCACAAUUCUCCAAACCUUUGUUAGUACCCUCAGUCACUCAUCUUGUUUGCUAUAAAUUUGAAGUUUUGUUGCUUUUAGCAGACAGUCAGUGCCAUAAUUAUGCAUGGAUAGUUCAUUUUCGUUUUGUUGUUUUUCCUUCCGCGGUUCUUCGUUGCUGUUUCUUUGUAGUAGUGAACAUGCAUUUGCAAGCGCUGACAUAUUUUUUUAUUUCCUACUGUUAUUGGUAGAUUUUUGUUUUAGAUGUGAUGUUAGUUUUGUUGCCAAGAAUUUAACUCUAUGGACGAGUGGGAAUCUUAUACCCAAAUUGACAUUUUGGCGUCAGUGACAUUUUUCCCUCAUGUUUGUCAUCACAUUAGGAUUUUGGUGAACUAGUUCGUGUAUAGAAGUCGUAUGAUAUCUUGAGUUUAAAACUUAAAUGAGCAAUAAUUAAAAAUAAUCCCAGCAACUUGGCUUCACGUUUUAGGCUAGAGGGAACCAAGACUUAAAGUGGCAAUGUUGAAGUAAGAAUCUUUGAUGUCAUUUGGUGGUUGAACACAUAGAUGGCAUCGCAGUGUGAGUCUUUGCUUUUCUUGUCUUUAUGUGACCCAUAUAAAAAGUUAUCUCAUGAUCAUACAGCCUUUGGCAUGAGUGAUGUACCAAAUGGGAUGUGUUUUUGCUCCUGAUCUUUUUCCCUUUUUCCAGUUUUGUUUUUUGGGCCUUUCUAGUUUGAACUGCUGGUUUCUGAUAAUACAAAUCGGAGAGGAAAUUCUCUUUAUAGAAAGAGAGUGUUGGUGUACAGUGAUGAACAUAUGAGAAGUUCUAAUAUGUGCGUGUAUAUGUCAUGAUGCUCUUUGCAUAGUCUAGAAAGCCUCUGGUGAAAAAUAGGCUUCUCGGUAACUUAAAAUAAUUCACAAGAUGCCUAUCGAAUGUAUGUUUCGGAAAUUUCUAUGUGCGUGUAUAUGUCAUGAUGCUCGAAAGUUUUUGUAUAUGCUCCUUAAAUGCAACAUCACAGUUCUUCAAAUGAACUAGGUGAGAAGUACAAGUGUGCCGAAAGGUUGGGCAUCAAGAUUGUUAAUCACCGUUGGUUGGAGGAUUGGUAUUACACAACAGCUUUUGUUUAUAAUAUAAGCUCACAUAUUAAAUAUCAUUAUAUUGCUGAUUUUUCCUUUAUUUUUAUUCGGUUUUGCUAAUUUACAGUCGGCUGUUUUGUAAUUCGCUGACGUUUGAAUUUCUGUCUGUUUGAUCUCGCGUCGAGAUUCGCGCUCGGUCCUGCUCUUUUGUGCUGGUUUUCGGGUCGCUUUUGUUUAUCAGGCGCGGUUUUCUCCAUCCGCCCGUUUUUCCUUGACCCGGCCGAACCGGUGGGCACUGUAGGUUUUUGUCCCUUUUGAAUUUGGAGCGGGGUGUCGUUCCCCUUUCUCAUUUGGAUAAGGCAGAGGGAGUGAGAGCUCGAGCGGCGGCGGAGGGCGAGGCGAUUCCCCGUGUUCAUGGCGAUUUGGAGUUCAUCCGCCCUAGGAUUUUGACGGCAUCCUCUUCGUUCUCGUCGCCCGCGGCUGCGCUGGUAGUAUCUCAAUGGGUAGACUGCGGAAAGUCUCUCGCAAGGAUGUUCCCCUAGUUUCUUCAGUCGAGAGCGCUGAUUCUUUGAGAGACCCUUAUGUGCCUAAUGAUUUUGCUGAUGAUGGUUCUAAUGCUAUGUCUUUGGGAGGUUGUUCUGGUGAUGAUGAAGAGUUUGAUAAAACACUUUACAAUUUCUAUCUGAAUAAUUAAAGUACCUGAAGAGAAAAUUAUCAUCUGCUGGCAGAAGGAAUGUUUGGCUGGGAAGUAGGGAUAGUGGAGGCGCAAGCCAAGGAACGCCUCAAGUUCCCGAUUCCGGAUCGCCUCAAGUUUGCAAAUGGGAAGUAUGCCGUGAAUAAAGCGAAGAAGAUAAGCAGCAAGGUGCUCGCCGCAGCCCUGGCGCUCCUAAACCGCGCCCAUCCGGAGGUGGGCACCGACUUCUUGGCGUGCCAUGAUCUUCCUCCCGACACCCAGGACCAGACCGCCAAGUACGCCAAGGUCGCGAAAGCCUUUGUUGACUCGUGCUUUAGCAAGCUCGAAGCAGACGAAGCCUGAUGAACAACUAAAGAUGGGCCUUGUUUGUAGAUACAGCCUGAACUUCUUUUGUUAGAAUAAAGGUUAUGAAAUCUUCAGAGAAAACCAGUGAAAAGGAGUCAAAGGCCGUCACCUGUCGUAGCGUUCUGUCCCUGCCCCUGCCUUUCAUCGGUGAAAUGUAUCCCAGAAAGCUUUCAGAAUUGACCUGGUCUCAUUGCAAUUGGGAGGCACAAAAAGUGGCGUAACUUAUGGUUCAGAUUCUCCUAUGUAUUGGGACGAUGAUCCUCGUAGUAUUAUCCUAGCUGAUAUUGUGGGCAAUGUAAUAUUUGAAUUAAUUAAGUGGCUGAAGAUUAAAUGGCAUUCCUAAAAGAACUUCUCUGGUGGA